AAGCAAUCAAAUACUACUGAGACUUGGUUAGGAUUGAAACUCUUAUAUAUUGAUAUUGUGUUAUUAUAUAAAGAAUAUUGAUAAAGUGACCAUUCAUCUCCACUAUUUUUUUUUGUAUAGGAUUGGGGAAAUAGAAUACCUACAGAUAUGGAUAAUCAUGCCAACGAUAAUUGGAAAGAAUCAAAUCAUCCUUCAUCACUUUCUUCUUCAGGGAUAUCCAAUGACUCUUAUCCAGAUAAACAAACGACGACAAGUAAAAAGAUAAUAUACAAUCGUUCUCGUAUAGUGCAUAUGGAUGAAAUGAUACGUGCGAUAUUACCCAAACUGGAUAUUGUUGAUCAAGAAAAUGUGAAACGAUGUUAUGAAGCGUGGAAAGGAAAACAAGUAAAAACUCACACAUUACUUCAUCAAUUACGUGAUAUCGUAUCUUCGGACCUAUUGCAUAAUGAAGUGGAACGCAUACGUCAAGAAAAAUGGAAAAGAAGUAGAUAUUCAACGACUGGUACAAUACGACGUUGUUCUUCUCGAACAUCGAAUCAUGACUCUCCCAAAGAAUCCCAAGCAAUUAUCUGCAAUUCAACUAGUGAUAUAAACAAAGCAAUUGUAAAAGAUAAAAAUCAUCAUUCGGAAGAGAAUCCAUAUCUAUUAUCGAAUCAACCUUCAGUGAAACGUUCUUGGACAAAAAAAGAACAUUUUCUAUUUCUUCAAGGAUUGGAAGAAUAUGGUAAAGGACAAUGGCAAUCUAUUGCUAACAAAAUAGGUACCAAAACUGCUUCCCAAGUAAGAAGUCAUUGUAAAAAGUACCUUAUGAGACAACAAAAGGACCAACAAAGCAAGAAAAUGAAAACCAUUCAUGAUAUGACGAUGGAAUCUCCAGAAAUGCAACAAAUAGCUAAGAAGCAACUAUCAAAGAGUGAUGAAAAGAUAUCUCAGGAAUGGGAUAAGGAAAAUCCAUUCUUUUAUCCAUUGAGUUGUACUAAAGAAUCGAUAGAUAAGGAGAAGAGAGACCAAGUUGCUUAUGACAAUGAUUCGAAUGGUUAUGAAAAGCAACAACAAAAAGAAGAGAAUAAUCAUCGACAAGGACAAAUAACAAAGAUUCCUUAUUUUAUACGUGAAAGAAGAAUUAGAAGAUUGGAAUAUCGCCUACAACAAAUGAAUCAUUCUAUGAAUUGGAUGUUGUGUCAAGUAACUCCAUCAUUCUCUGUCAAUCAUCAUAUUUCAUGAGCUCUUUAUGGAUCAUGAAAAU